UCAAACUUUACCAACAAUAAUCCCAAUAAAUACUUGUUCUACGUGCUUCCCUUGUUCUAUAUAUUCAGAGUGGGGUGAGACAGAAAAAUGAGCUCUAGCAGCAUGAAUAGUGAUCGAUUUUGUGUUGUUAAGUUGAUAGCACAAGUAAUACGAGGUCCAUUGUUCAUGCUUUGUGCCUCCUUCUUUAUCAUGGCAGGAGCAGGUGGCAUCUAUGUCUUUGGAUUAUACUCUGAAGCAAUCAAAUCUUCACUAGGUUAUGAUCAAAGCACGCUCAACUUUUUGGGGUUUGCCAAGGACCUUGGUUCAAAUUUUGGUACUCCUGUUGGUCUCAUUGGAGAGUUUACCCCUCCAUGGUUGCUACUCCUUCUAGGCUCAGCCUUCAAUUUUGUUGGCUAUUUCAUGAUCUGGCUUUCGGUCACUGCCAGAAUAUCCAAACCCCACGUGUGGCAGGUUUGCAUUUACAUGGCCAUUGGUGCCAGUUCUUCGAACUUUACCAUCACUGCAGUGAACACUGCAUGUGUCAAAAUCUUCCCAGAAAGUAGGUGCCCUAUAUUGGGGUUGUUGACGGGUUACCUUGGACUAAGUGGAGCCAUCAUGACACAACUUUACUUGGCCCUUUAUGGGAAUGAUUCUGAAUCUCUCAUUCUUCUCAUUGCAUGGUUCCCUGCUGCUAUCACAUUGCUAUUUGCAUUUGUGAUUUGGAUCAUGAAGGUUGGAACUAGCACUAGGCAAUCCAUUGAGCCAAAAAUAUUUUACCGCUUUCUUUUUGCAUCAAUUACACUUGCAUUAGUCAUCAUGGCAAUGAUCAUUGCUCAGAAGCAGAUUCCUUUCCCAAAAUCAGCCUAUAUUUCUUGUGCCACCCUGGUAUGUUUUAUACUUAUCUUUCCUAUGUUUAUCACUAUUAGAAAGGAGUUCUUACUGUGGAAGAAGAGCCUUGAAAAUAACACUGCAAAUGAGGUAAUCAUUGAGAAAAUUCAAAUAGUUGACCCUAAUGAGGAAAAGGCGAAGGAUAAUCAUGCAGACAUUUCUUACUUUUCCAACAUAUUCAACAAACCUGAAAGAGGAGAGGAUCACACCAUCAUGCAAGCACUGCUAAGUGUUGACAUGUUGUUAAUAUUGAUCUCAUCAUUUGCUGGCUAUGGCACAAACGUAACAGUAGUGGACAACUUGGGGCAAAUUAGCGAGUCUCUAGGGUACACUGGCAACACAGCGAGAUUAUUUGUGUCUCUUGUAAGCAUUUGGAACUACUCUGGGAGGGUCUUGGCUGGUUUUGUGUCAGAAAUUUUGCUUCAAAAGUACAAAGUUCCACGCCCUUUGUUGUUGACCUUUUCGCAUUUGCUUACAUGCAUUGGUCACCUUCUCAUUGUGUUCUCAGCUCCCGGUUCGGUUUACUUUGCAUCAGUGCUAAUUGGAUUCUCGUUUGGUGUAACGUGGCCAAUGUUCUAUGCACUUGUUUCUGAACUCUUUGGUCUUAAAUAUUUCUCCACGCUGCAGAAUUGUGUGCUUCUAGUUGUUCCCUUUGCAUCAUAUGUGUUGAAUGUUAUGGUGACUGGGUCAUUUUACGAUAGAGAGGCAAAAAAUCAGCUGAAGAAAAGUGGGAAAGAGUGGGUGAAGGGCACAGAGUUGGCUUGUAUUGGAAAAGGAUGCUACAAGAUUUCUUUGACAAUAAUGGCAUGCGUCUCCUUUUUUGCAGCAGUGACUUCUGUGAUUUUUGCAAUGAGGACCACAGAGUUCUACAAAAGUGUCACAUACAAGAAUAAUGAAGUUCAGAGAUGCAGAAACGGUGCUGAUUAGUGCCAAUUGACAAAGAUAAUGUAGGAAAGCAUAGUUGUCACGUAUCUCCUAGUAUUUUAUUUAGUCUUUAAUUAAUUUGUCCGUUUCCUGUAAUAGGCUAUAGUCAUUCUCAGCAAGUGAUUGACAUUGUGAUAUUAAAUAUCCUUGUGA